AUGCCUCUUGAGAGCUGCUUCUCACCGGUCGGCAGGAAGCGUCUAUGGCUGCGGCCGGGCAAGAAAUACCUCUUUGGAAGAACCGCUUCAGAGCCUGGCCAGCAUGCCAUCUCUCACAAGACUAUCUCCAGGAAGCAUUUAGUAAUCCAAGUCGACCGUGUCACCGAAGGCGAUGGGAUGAACCUUCGUAAACGAACCACAGCCACAAUCGAGGAUCUGGGAGCUAAGAUGGGAACUCUUGUGAAUGGGGUUCAGAUCCGAGGGCAAAGGCACGUCCUCGUUCAUGAUACAAAUGAGAUCAAACUCGGGAGCUAUAACCAGCUUUUCCGCAUCUUUUGGAGGCCCAUUGUCUUCAGCUUUUCCUUCACUGCCAAAGAAUUGCGCGCUGAUCCAUGGGCAAAGCUGCGCCAGGAUCUUGAGCAGCUCGACAUCAAGUACACGGCCGAUUACGAUAUGGAACUGACGACAUACGUCGUCGCGAAGAAACGAAAUACCUCCAAAGGACUUCGGGCUUUGAUAAAUGGCAAGCAUAUUGUUACGGAACAGUUCAUUGAUGCCAUCGUUGGGGCGGCUACUUCGGCCUCCGAUGCAGAUGGGCUGGAGACAAGCCGUCUCGAGAGAGACUUGGACGGCAGCUGGCCUGACCCUCUCCAAUACCUGCCACCUCGCGGCGAGGAACCCUCCGAUAAGCCGGUUGGGGCUUACGCGCCUGAUGAGCGGAGGAGGGAGAUCUUCGAUGGCUAUACUUUUGUGUUUUAUGAGAAGAAGCAGUACGAGAACUUGUUCGCGGCCAUUACGAACGGCAAGGGCAAGGCUCUCUUCAAGUCUGCGACUCCUAAUGAGACGAACAUAGAUGAUUUCAUUCGUUAUGUCAAGGGAGUAGCCGGAGAAAAGGGGCUGGGAGAGUUCGAGGACGGCAGUGAAGGAAAAGGCGUGGUUGUCGUCCGGUACAUGCCUGCUAAAGAGGGUCCAGAGUCCGCGUGGUUCAAGGAUUUCUAUACGGCUGUUGCGCUACGCUUAGACCAUCGUCCUAUCGAGCAGAGUGAAUUCCUUGACGCAAUCCUUGCGAUUGACCCAGCAAGGCUUCGCCGUCCCCUCGAGGUCGAGCAGACUCAACCGGAAAAUGCAGCUGUUGGGAAUGGCUCAAAUGUCAAUGAGCCACGACCUAUGGAUAUUGAUGUAGUCCCUGAGGUGGAGAAUGCUAUUGAGGAAACUCCUCUGCAGCCAAGAGCACGCCGAGGUCGCAAAGCUAUUGCAAGCCGUUUUAAGGGAUUUGAUGUCGAUCUGGAUGUUGACUCGGGUGCUUCAGGUCCUGCUGAUGACCCGCAGAGUAACGAUCCGGCUGGAUCGUUGGAGGAAACUCAUAACACACAACGAUCACAACGCAAGCGCCCGGCAGCUGCUAUCAACCAAAACGGAGAUGAUCUCAUGGAAGAUCUUGCGCCGACAGCAGCCGCAGUAAAGCGACGGCGCAUUGCACAAGGCGUAGAACCUGUGCCAGCUCGCGAACCUACACCUCCAUCAGAGCCUGAGGACAACAUUCCGGAGUCCCCCCAAAACGAGCCGAGCAAAUCACAGAAGGGGAAAGGCAAGCAGAAGAAGACCACCGAAAUUGACAAUUUGUUUGACCUGGCGCGACAACGCCGUGAGGAAGCUGAAGCUCGUGCGAAGGAGGAGAGAGCGCGGUUAGCUGCAGUGCCCGAAGACGGCAUUGAUUACGAGGAGAUCCGACGGCUCGCGAUCGUGGAGGAGUGCGAAGUACGCCAGCCACAGACCACUCGCACUCGAGAUCAGGACAUUGCCGACGGCCGUUGGGAUCCUCGAUGGAACGGUCGUAAGAACUUUAAGAAGUUCAGAAAGCAGGGUGAUCCCCAGGGACGACAGGUUGCGAAAGUGAUUGUGAGUCUUGAACCAGUAAAGGCCAAGGAGUACGGUAUCGGUGACGACUAUUGGCUUGAGGACACGGGCAGUCAGAAGAGAAAGAACAAGGAGAAGGAGAGAGAGUCCCAGAGCAGACCUUCGACGGCUGGAGAGACGAUAGCUAAAGGAAAAGAGCCAACCGGCUCCAGGCGGACGCCACAAGUCAUUGGGAGUGACAGCGAGGAAGACGACGUACGAGCUGAAGAUCAUGAAGAUCAGGUCAUGGAGGUCGAGCCGGAACUACCCCGAACCCGUGUUGGGAAAGCCGCGCAAAAGGGGAAGACACGGCAGGCUCAAACCCAGAGCCAAAGCCAGGCAGCCCCAGCUCAAACCCAGACACAACGCUCCCAGCGCAUUGAUGCAACCACGCCGUCCAUGAUCCGUAACCGUAAAUAUGAGUACUCUGCCCCCGUUCCCGUCUAA